GCCUAGAUUGGAAAACCGAUUGCAGUCUCUUCCUUCUCCUCCUCCAGGUUGGCCUCAGGCUUUUCGAGGCUCUUUCUUAGGACUGCAAGAAUUUGGGGGAACUUUCCAAACUUUGCUGAAGUAAAGACUUACCACCGCGGGCGUCUUCCUGGUGCAGGCCACACGGGCUGUAGUAAAAAUUACCUCUUAAGGGAAUUUCUCUUCGGCCUCUGUAGGAGAGUAAUCCUGGCUUUUUCAACCCAACUUGCUCUGCGGGGCGGGGACGAACCAGACAAUUCCGCCCCGCCUGGCCCCUGGGACAUCCUACCCAGGCGCAGCGCUUUGCAGUGACAUGCACGCCGGCAGCCUGCAGACACCGGGAUGGCCGGAACUGUGGAGGAUGGGCUGGAAGCCUGGGCCGGGUCGGGAACCUCCGGGAUCGCCGGAGACGCAUCGCCUGGUCCCCGAACCUACGCGCGCCGCUGGGUCUUCUUGCUGGUGGUCAGCCUCCUGAGCUGCUCCAAUGCCAUGCUGUGGCUCAGUUUUGCACCUGUGGCAGACACCAUAGCACAGCACUUCUUCCUGUCCAUGGAUCAGGUCAACUGGCUGUCACUAAUCUACCUUGUGGUAUCCAUCCCAUUUGGCAUGGCCGCCAUCUGGGUUCUAGACUCUGUUGGGCUCCGAGGAGCGACUAUCCUGGGUGCAUGGUUGAAUUUUUCUGGGAGUUUGCUGCGUGCUGUUCCCUGCUUGGAUGUCAGGAUCCCCAAUCCCUUUGCUUUCUUCAUGAGUGGCCAGAGCCUCUGUGCCCUGGCCCAGACCCUGGUCGUCUCUUCUCCAGCCAAGCUGGCUUCCUUGUGGUUUCCAGAGCACCAGCGAGCCACAGCUAACAUGAUCGGCACCAUGUCAAACCCUCUGGGCAUCCUUAUUGCAAAUGUGCUGUCCCCUGCCCUAGUCAAGAAAGCAGAAGACAUCCCUAUGAUGCUUGGCGCCUACACUGUCCCCGCUGCCGCUGCCUGUCUGUUGGCCACUGCUUGUCUGUGGGAGAGUGUGCCUCCAACCCCACCAUCGACAGGGGCUGCCAGCUCGAAUUCAGAGAGUUUCCUCUGCGGGCUCAAACUGCUCGUACAGAAUAAGGCCUACAUUAUCCUGGCCACAUGCUUUGGUGGUGGCAUUGGUAUCUUCUCUAGCUUCUCAGCCCUCCUGGAACAGAUCCUUUGUGCCAACGGCUACUCCAAUGAGUUCUCAGGCCUCUGCGGAGCCCUCUUCAUUGUGUUUGGGAUUUUGGGGGCACUGCUUCUAGGCCUAUAUGUGGAUCGGACCAAGCACUUCACUGAAGCCACCAAGAUAGGCCUCUGCCUGACUUCCCUGACCUUCGUGGCCUUUGCUCUGGUGUCCCAGCUGCAGAGGCAGACCUUUGCCUUGGCUGUCAUCUGCUCCCUCCUUGGGCUUUUUGGCUUCUCGGUAGCACCGGUGGUCAUGGAGCUGGCAGUUGAAUGCACGUUUCCUGUGGGUGAGGGGGCCUCAGCCGGUUUAAUCUUUGUCCUGGGGCAGGCCGAGGGCGUGCUCAUCAUGCUGCUGUUGACGGCACUGACUGUGCAGCGGACAGGUCCAUCCUUUUCUACCUGCCGGCAGAGUGAGGACCCUCUGGACUGGACAACGUCCGUGCUGCUGAUGGCCAGCCUGUGUACCCUUUUCACCUGUGUCUUGGUGCUCUUCUUCAACACCCCAUACCGGCGCCUGGAGGCUGAGUCUGCAGGACUCCCUUCACCCAGGAUGUGUGCCAGGGAGCCAAGGAAUGCAAGCCCCACCCAAGUGCCACCUCUUGAGAAUCCUGGCUUGACACCGUCAGCUGACACCUUGAAGGAAGCUCCUGGCCCUGCCUCUCUCUCCAAAGGACACUCAGGAUGGGUGGAGACAUCUAGUGAAGCAGAGCCUUGCUAGGGUCUCUUUGAUUGUGCCAGCCAUUCUAAAAGCUCUGAAAGGGACACAGAGUCCUACACAUACCCAGGGUAUGACAGAAUGGCUGUUUGGUCCUCACACAGACUGUGACUGAACUGGAAAUAAGUGCUGGUGUAUGGAUACUGGUGAGUUAGAGUGGACCCUGGCCAGGCCAGACUUGUGGUGGCUGCUGCAAGGAGGGCCUGUGCAGGGGCAAAGGGAGUGAGCUAGGGACUCCUGGCUGGGGGAGCUCUGAAGGCUAUGGCAUGGCCACUCUUAGGUAGAGAGGUUUAGUAAGAGCUUGUCUCCACUGUAUGACCAGACGCUGAGCCUGUUUCUAAAUUAGCACAGAGGGCAGUGAGCUGGUCUGGGCAGAGUUGUGAGCAGAGGGGCCUCUGCUGGACAUAUGCCCUCCACAACAGUCACGGGCAAGUUUGUGUGUUCAGUGUUAUUGAACUAGCUGCAGCUUGCAGCCUGAAUGACGGAGCAGCUUCUGCUUCCUCCUCUAGGUGGGUAAGCGUGUAGCUCAAUGCUUUUCAGUCUAGGUUGCCACCCACAUCAAUGAAGGCAAACUCCAGCAUCUGAUUCACCUGAGAGCGAGCCCAAGGUGGGUAGGGUGUUGGUGGGGGAAGUCAACUUGGUGGUAGUGGGAGGGGGAGAGUGAAGGUUCCUGGGCUCCAGCAGCCCAGAACCAGAAAACUGCAUGUACUGAACUACCUUCAGUGGGCUCCUGAGUCUUGUCUGACCUGUUCAGAGGUGUAGAGGGGCAUAGGGCCAAGGCCCAGGACAGGGGAGGGCCUGGGUUGUCUGCUAGGUGGGGUCAGAAGAGGCCUUGGAGGUGGGACAAAGAGGGGAGAAGGGAAGGUGUGAGAGAGGAGGAUGGCGGGAAGAGGGGGGCAAUGGUGGUGGUGGGAAGUCAUGGUAUAGAAGCUGGGACCAAGACCUUAGUCCUGCCUGUUAGUCUGCUGUCUCCAUUACUGAGCUAGGCAGCAGCAGGGAAGUGACGUACCCUUGGGCGAAUAUUACCUCCAGCUGCCCUCUGAUACACUUGGGCUUGUAGCAGCCAUAGGAAGUGAAGUUGGUGGUUGGGCAAACCUCAUCUGCAGUCGUCUUAUUAGCCUAGAACAUCAGUAGACCUUUGGUGCCGAGUGUGGAAAAGGGACCAGUUAGGCUGCUCUUAGGAAGAGCAGAAAGUCCCUACUUGGGCUCCACUCAGGAAGGCCUGAGACAGGCCAGCUCUCAGCCUGCCAGCGGCAGGGCGGCAAUCUGUCCCUCUGGGAGAGUGCUGCCUCCAGCUGCCCUCUGAUAUAUCUGGGUCUGUGGAGUGUGUGUCUUGCCAACCUGGCAUCAAAGCCCAGGUGCCUGAUGGUCCCUGGAGCCCUUCAUGACUCACAGCAGGUACCUGAUAGGGUAAAAGGCAAAUGCGUGGGACACAAGAAGGUUUCCUUUCCCUAGUGCUAUGUGUAAGCAAUACAUCUAUGAGAGGGGCUUAAGACAGCAAUAGAAGGAUAGGCAAUGACUUCCUUGGUAAUGAAGACCCAAAUGGCAGUUAUUCCAAGGUUGUAGGGUGGUUAUUUAGAGCUCAAGAGGGGAUGGUAAGGUGGGCUUGGGGCCCAGGCACUAUGCCUCCUCUCAGGGUAGGUGUUCCGCCGACGCCAAGCCAGCACACACUAGUCUUUGUGGAUGCUGCCAUUGGCAUCAGUGUUGAGCAUCUUGAAGACGUUUAGGUCUCUGUCGUUGUACCUGCCCACAAAAAGGUGUUUAGAGCCUGUCUUGUCCUAGAGCUUCAAGUGCUUAGUCUUGCUGUACCAUCUGGGGAAUCUUUCCUGUUCCUGGGCCCCAAGAUCCCCCAUUGUUCAAUCUAAGGGGAAACUAUUCUCAGAUACCCCUGGGUGAUAGAUUCUGAGAGUGACAGAGGCUACAUAUAGCUAGAUAGGAGGGAACUGUGUUGGGACUCAUAAGGCUUGUGACUACUGAGAAAGGUUUCGCAAGAGCUGUCCCCUCAGACAGCUCAUACGUCUAGCUGCAACUCUGUACAAGGACAGGGUGAGGGUAUCAUCCCAGGAGACUGGACAACUGCAGUGUGAGCUUAGGUAGCUGGCAGUGACAUACUGUCUCCCCUAGCCAAGCCACCAGGAGGCUUUGUUCUGCCAAGGAUGUUGCAUUUCCAAGGCCUCAUUCCACAGUAGUGGUCAAAGGCCCUGGUAGUCUGAGCUAUUUUAGGCACCUAUUUAAAAUAUCUAGAAUUUUUUUUCAGCUUUAAAUAUCUGGAGUUUUAAGUACUAGAAACUAAACGCUGUCAGGUGGCUGAGCUGAGGACUGUCCCAGGGCAAAGCUCACUGUUCACUUUUCCAAACAUGUUCAGAAACAUGGUGAAGAUGAUGGGCCCUGAGGGCUCCUUGAGCAUGACAUCCACCUUGUUAUCCUUGACAUUAGUUUUGUUUGUUGCAAGCUUGUUGGUAUAAUGUUCUGUGGAAUGUAUACAAUUUACCCUUGUUUAUUCAAAUGCUGAUUUCUCUAAUCCACUCUCUGGUUUCAAUCCAGACAUUGCAUUGUGAUGUUUAUUCUAAGCAUCACCUGUCUCAAGUUUGUGUAAACAUGCUGUCAUUUGUUCUCUGCUAUUGUCAAUAAAACAACCAGCCAGUGCUGAGCAAUGGAGAGAA